AACCUCCAGGCCAUUGUCGAGAUACACAACGUUUAUCUUACGCCGGAAGAUUCCGAGUGCACUCUCCUUCAAUGGCAGGCAGACUGCAGCAAUUUAGAGAGUAUCAUCGCGACGGCAAUGUACUUCUACAAUGCGGAAAAUAGUAAUUCGAGCGAGUUGGUUUUCCGCGAGUUCAUUGGCAAAUGCCCUGAAAUAUCAGACAGAAGUGAACAAAUACGUACACUUGGACUCGGCGACACUCUGUAUGGACAAAGUUAUUGCAUUCAAAGGGCUGACAAAGUCAAUAUCAAGGAUGGCCGCUGCAUUUGCUAUCCCAACGUCUACCAGUACCAG